AUGCCUAAUUCAAAUUCUAAAGUGAAACUCAUCAUUGCAGAAUCUCCGAUGUUCCCGUGGAACGAAUAUAAACCGGCACCACUAUGCAUACAUAAUACAAAACUAACUAACUUUUCCACCAGAGAAGAUGAAGUGAUUAAGACUUAAGUUUCAGAAACUAAUUUCAAUAAAGUAACCAAUCUCAGAAUCAGAAUUGAUCCUAAAAGUGAAACCGAUGUCAAGAUCCUAUCAAAGUACCUAGCCACAUGA